GAUUAACACAACGACAACAGCAGGAAAUAAGUUAACCAACUGACAAGUAGCUAGUCAUUUAAAAUUUAAAAACACAAACAAACUUGUAGCUAACCUGCUCUGAGUUAAGAAGGAGCUAAUGAACCAGAUGAUGCCCAAAAUUCUAGCCCUCCAACUUGAUGAAUUUGAACUGCAGUUACAUACCUAAAAGAAGAGUUAAUCAGUUGUGCGGAAGCAGAAAAGUGUGUGAUCAGUGUUUCUUGACAUACCUUGCUUGUGAAGUGAGUCCAGAUGAAAUGGCCCAACAAAGUCUUCAGUGCCAAAAGAUGGGUAAUGUUUUCUGGUCAGCUGUAAUUACUAACCACAUGGAAAGACAAUGAUAUGAAGCAUUGAGCAUAUGGCGACCAAGAAGUUGAAAUAUCUUUUCAAGGCCACAACCCGAUAUUAGCACAGCUAUAAUAGUUUUACCAAGUACUAAUAAUGGACACAAUAUUUC